AUGGCUCCCAACGGCAAUCCGAAGGCGAGGAACGGUGCCGGUGUCGCCCAUGGAAGGCCCAACGCUGCAAGGCGUGUGAUUCCCGUCAUUCCCCUCCCCAUGGACCGUCGCGUCAAGGCCAAUGCUGCUGCAAAGCAGGCCGCCACUAUUGCGACCAUUCCUCGACCCGCCAUCACGAACGGCUCUUCCUUGAAAAUUCAGCACGACGUCGACUCCGCCCCCAGCACGCCCAAGACCAUCGAUAUCGAGAUUGCCACACACGAAAACGACAAGGGACAGCCCGUUGCUGCUACCAAUGGUGCUGAGGAGACGCCUUCGCCUGCCGACCCGGAAGUCGAUGACACAAAGGAUCGCGGAGCUACCGAUUCCCAGGAGUCUUCUGCCGCCAUUCCGACCCCGUCCACGACCGAAGAGUCCGAAUCGACCGACAAGACCGCCGACCAAGACCUCCCCCGCUCUGCUGAAGAGCCUGUUCGAGGUAAUAAUCACGUCGCCUCUCCGCCCGCGGUGGCCCAAUUUGGUAAGAAGGGUAGGGACCUUCAAUCUCGCGAUAUCCUCACGCCGCGAAGGUCUAAUCACCAUGCUACAGACAAUACGCACCAGCAGCAUCCGUCGACAUUCCGACCCCCUCCCGUCAUCCCUCCGACGCGUUACAACAUGCCGCCUAAUCCUCACAAUGGCUCGCGCCCUUCUCCCGUCGUCAUCAACGGUACCUCUCACCGGGGCCCCCGAUCAGUUCACAACGGUCCUCCACACAUGCAUGGCCCGCGUCCCAGCAAUGGAAGCCUUCAGUUUGGAGGUUUCGCGUCCAACUCGUCUUCUCCGGCGCCCCCUCACUCUGGAGGCUUCAUGCCCCCUCCUGGCAUGCCCCUCCCCGACGGACGAUCCUUCGGCGGUGCUGCCAACGGUUUCCACCGCCAGAUGCCCUACGGUACGGAAUUUGUUCCCGGCACCGGUGUAGAUGGAUUCGGCCGACCUGUUCCAGGCUAUGGAGGCAUGGAGCAGUACCCUCCUCAUCUCAACGGUGGCUACGGACCUUCGACUCCUCAUAGUUUCCAGGGGUCGCACUCUUCGGCCCAUGCGGAUGAUACUGGUGCCUACAACCACUACCCCGCGCCAGGCGUCCCCAACGGUACGACACAUGUCGAUGACGCUCGCCCUCACCCUCCUGCGGCCGGAGCUUUCGGUGCACCGCCCCAGCGAAUGAUGCCUGGGCCUAUCCCGCCCCCGCAUAUGAUGCACCCCGGCCACGAGCACCAGGGACUGGACGACAUGGCCGCUUAUCUGCGAUCGCAGUUUAGAGACCCUGCCUUUGCCGACUGCACCCUGGAGCUUCGUUAUCUCGACGACCGCGCUCCUCCCGUUCGCCUACCAGGUCACCGCCUGGUUCUUGCCAGAAGCCAAGCCGUUCGCAAUGUUCUAGAGGCUGAUAACGUCGAAUCCAGCUCGCCCGGUGCUAACCGCACCAUUCUUCUGCAGUCCGAUGAUAAGUACCUCCGAUCUGAUGCCUUCUGGAUGGCCGUGCAGCACCUGUACGCCUUUCCGCUAUUAGACAUGCCUGAGCCAGCCUCGAAUGGCAAUUUCACCAUGGCUGGCAACGCCGAUGACCGCUUCGACUUUGCCCUUGGCUAUGCUGCCGCCGGUCAUAUCCUGGCGUGGCAGCCUAUUGUUUUCCGUGGCCUGGAGAUAGCGUCUCAUUCCCUUAGCUGGUCGACGAUUGAGCGCGCUCUUGGCUUCGCCCUCGGCGAUUUGCCUAGUCGCGCUUCAGCUGACAGACACAGCCAGUUCAUUUAUGGCGAACCUGUUCACGUUUUGAUGAACGGCAUCAUCUCAUUCAUCAUCAACAACUUCCCACCCGAUUUCACCCUGGACACGUCUGUCGCCGAUCCUGAGCGCUUUGCCCGACUUCCUAUUGCUUCCACAUCGAUACCACCCCGCGAAGGAACACCCACGAAUGCUCGCGGAACGGCGGGCCAAGAUCGUCGCCCUCGCCCCAUGCACAUCCAGUUCGGUGACCUCGCUUUGGGCCCUGACAACACAUCAAACGGCUCGGAUUCGACCUCACAAUCCUCUCAGCACAAUAGCAUCCGGUCGACGCUCUCAGCCAUUCUCAUCAACCUCCCGUUUGCGUACUUGAAGCCAGCCCUCGAGUCCAGUGGCUAUGGUAAUGUCAAUGGAUGGGCGAACGUCGAGGCUCGGCAUCACAUCAUGCGGGCCGUCGUUUCUGAGCGGGAGAAUAGACGCUCGAGAGUGAUUGAGGCGGUCAGAUCUGGAGCGGUUCCGCAUGCCGAGUCCAUCUUGCAUAGCCUGCAGAGUGCCGAUCCUCGUCAGAAUGAGGAGUGGCAUGCCCUUGGCUGGCGCGAGGAUGUGGUCUCGUACGUUAACGGCGACGCGCCGUCUCUCGGCCGGCAGUGGGUUCCGUUGAUGGCGCCGCAGCAGCAAAACGGCACCGGACAUGUGGAGGUUACCAGCCGAGCGGCCUACCCUUGA